GGAGUGGUGAUAGCCUCUGACCACAAUGCAUCCUGUGGUUUAUAAGGUGCUAUCUCGCCUGUACAAAGAAUCACUUUUCCCAGAACACCACAGAGAGCAAAGAUGGGGAAAAAGCGGUGGUCCGGGCUGGAAGUGAUCCUUUUGGUCCUGUUUCUGCUGAUGACCAUUGUGGCCAUCACCAUGAUAGCUCUUUUUGCCACAGGAGAACCUGGCUUCCUUAAAGAUGAAACUACUGAUGAUUUUGUACCUCAGUGUUCCAACAUUCACAUGGCAGAGAGAGUGGACUGUUUCCCAGACGGUGGAGCCUCAAAGCUGAAAUGUGAGCAGCGUGGUUGUUGCUGGAGCCCCCUUGAUGAGAGAAACGUUCCCUGGUGCUUCUUCUCAACCAACCAUGGCUACACAGUGGAAACAGUGGAGCAUCCAAACCCUUAUGUAAUAAAUGCCCAACUAAGGAGAUUAUUCUCCCCUUCUUUAUUUGGUGGGGACAUACAGCAGCUCUCAUUUCAUGCAGAAAUGCAGACAAACAAUCGACUUCGAUUUAAGAUCUCUGAUGCCCUGAAUAAGAGAUUUGAGGUACCUCACAAGCAUAUCCCUAGCGUUGGGAGCAACCCAUCCAGCCCCAUCAGCAAUACACUGGAGAUCAGACAAAACCCCUUUGGACUGACUGUGCGCAGACAGGAGAACAAAAAAGUCUUGUUUGAUACCACCAUGGCUCCACUGGUGUUUGCGGACCAGUACCUACAGCUGUCAGCUAAGCUUCCAUCUCAUAACAUCUACGGCCUGGGGGAGCAUGUACAUACGAGAUACCGACAUGACACAAACUGGAGAACCUGGCCUAUUUUCACCAGAGAUUCUUUUCCCAAUGGGGGAACACAUAACCUCUAUGGCCAUUAUCCCUUCUUCCUCUGUCUGGAGGAUGAGAGUGGGAAGUCAUUUGGGGUCUUUCUCCUGAACAGCAAUGCUAUGGAAGUGACUCUCCAGCCGGCCCCAGCUGUGACCUACAGGACCAUCGGAGGUAUCCUUGACUUCUACAUUUUCCUUGGUGACACACCCGAACAAGUGGUGCAAGAGUACCUAGAGCUCACUGGGAGACCCGUCAUUCCUGCUUACUGGUCCCUGGGAUUCCAACUUUCUCGUUGGGACUAUGGAAGUCUGGAUGAAGUCAAGAAAACAGUGGAGAGGAAUCGUGCCAUAGGUCUUCCAUAUGACAUUCAAUACACUGACAUCGACUACAUGGAAGAGAAAAAGGAUUUCACAUAUGACAAAGUCAACUUCAGGAACCUGCCCCAGUUUGCCGAUUACCUCCAUGACAAGGGACAGAGGUACAUCCUGAUCCUGGAUCCUGCGAUAGCCAUCAGUAAGAGGGUCAAUGGAGCUCCAUAUGAAUCUUAUGAUCGUGGGAUGGCCAAGAAUGCUUGGGUCACAGAGUCAGAUGGGACAACUCCUCUUGAAGGAGAGGUUUGGCCAGGGAAGACUGUAUUCCCAGACUACACCAGCCAAAACUGCAUCGAUUGGUGGGUAGAUGAGUAUGAGCGGUUCUACAAGGAGAUCAAACAUGAUGCCCUCUGGAUUGACAUGAACGAGGUGUCUAGUUUUGUUAAAGGAUCCAGUAACGGUUGUGCUGAUAACAACCUCAACUACCCCCCUUACACUCCAAAGAUUCUGGAUGAGGUGAUGUACAGUAAGACCCUUUGUAUGGAUGCCAAGCAGUAUUGGGGGAACCACUAUGAUGUCCACAGUCUAUAUGGCUACUCCAUGGUGCUGGCUACUGAAAAAGCUCUGCAGCGUGUGUUUGGAUCAAACCGGACCCUGAUGCUGACACGCUCCUCGUUUCCAGGUGUGGGAAAAUAUUCAGGACACUGGUUGGGGGACAAUGCUGCAAACUGGAAUGACAUAAAAUGGGCCAUCGAUGGCAUGCUAGAGUUUGGCCUUUUUGGGAUUCCCUAUAUAGGUGCUGACAUCUGCGGGUUCUUUGACGACUCAACUGAGGAGCUGUGCCGACGCUGGAUGCAGGUGGGCGCCUUCUAUCCCUUCAGCCGAAACCACAACGCCCAGGGCUACAAGGCUCAGGACCCAGCUUCCUAUGGCAGUGACUCAGCACUGGUGAGGAGCUCCAUACACUAUCUUAGGAUACGCUACACUCUCCUGCCUUACCUCUACACACUCUUCUACAAAGCCCACACCACUGGGGAGACUGUUGUACGUCCUGUCCUGCAUGAGUUCUACUCUGAUAACGUCACCUGGGACGUGGACCGCCAAUUUCUCUGGGGAAAACAUCUACUCAUCUCACCUGUUUUGGAUUCGGGUGUGGAGAGACUCCGGGCAUAUAUUCCAGAUGCCGUGUGGUACGAUUAUGAAACGAUGGAGCGUCUAGCAGUCCGCAAGAACUAUGAUGAGCUGUAUCUACCAGCUGAAAAGCUUGGCUUACAUAUCAGAGGGGGUGCCAUCCUCCCCACACAGAGGCCUGAGGUCACCACCACAUACAGCCGACGUAACCCCAUGGGUUUGAUCAUUGCUCUAGAUGACAACAAGCAGGCAGCCGGGGAACUAUUCUGGGAUGAUGGAGAUUCUCGAGAUACAGUUAAAAGUGGCAACUACAUCCACUACAGGUUCUCUGUUGUUCAUGGAGCACUGACCAUGCAGGUGACCCAUGCUGGCUACAAAGACCCAAACAACCUCAAGUUUGAGGACAUCACAGUCCUUGGAGUGUCUGUCCCUCCCACAUCUGUCACUGUGACUGAUGGAAGCCAAUCAAACACAACCACAAACGUAACAGGCGUAACCUAUGAUGCAGCCAGAGAGGUGCUUCUUCUGCACAACCUGAGCUUGACGCUUGGGAACACCUACGUGGUACAGUGGGACACAGUGUCCGAAGAGUAUCAACGUUUUGACUGCUACCCAGAAGGAAAUGCAGACGAAGCCAAGUGCAAGGCCAAAGGUUGCAUCUGGAAGCCAAGCACCAAUGAGAAGGUUCCGUGGUGCUACUAUCCAGAUGACUAUGGUUACCUUGUAACACAUGCCACAGAAACAGACUCUGGCAUUACUGUUGACAUCACUCGCAACACUAACUACAGAUCAAGUGGUCGCCCAGAAUCCAAGGAUAUUACCAACCUCCGUGUUGAAGUUUGGUAUCACUCAGGUGACAUGCUCCAAUUCAAGAUCUGGGACCCCAAAUCUGACCGCUAUGAGGUGCCUGUACCUCUGUCAGUUCCUAAAACUCCUCAAACUGAUGAAAACAAACGACUUUAUAAGGUUUCUGUUACCAGCCAACCUUUUGGUCUUCAGGUCAUACGAAAAAGCACAGGAACCAAGAUCUGGGACUCGGCUGUACCAGGUUUUACCUUCUCAGACAUGUUCAUCCAAGUGUCGACUCGACUGUCAUCUCAGUUUGUCUACGGAUUUGGAGAAACAGAGCAUCCCACAUAUAAACAUGAUCUCAACUAUCACACCUGGGGUAUGUUCUCCAAGGACCAGCCUCCUGGUUAUAAGAUGAACUGCUACGGAGUUCACCCCUUCUAUAUGGGCCUGGAGAACACCGCUGAUGCUCACGGGGUGCUGUUACUAAACAGUAAUGCAAUGGAUGUGACUUUUCAGCCUACUCCUUCUUUAACCUACCGCACCAUUGGAGGCAUCCUGGAUUUCUACAUGGUCCUGGGACCCACGCCUGAGAUUGUUGUGCAAGAGUACACUGCACUGAUUGGACGACCUGUUCUACCUGCCUAUUGGUCCCUUGGGUUCCAGCUCUGUCGCUAUGGUUAUGCCAAUGACUCUGAAAUACAAAGCCUGUACACAGACAUGAGGGCAGCUGGUAUACCCUAUGAUGUGCAAUAUGCAGACAUUGACUACAUGGAGCGUCAGCUUGACUUUGUCCUGGACUCAGAUUUCAAAGGACUGCCUGCCCUUGUUGACUCAAUGAGGAAAGAGGGCAUGAGGUUCAUCUUCAUUCUGGACCCAGCUAUUUCAGGCAAUGAGACCAAUUAUCCAGCCUUUGAGAGAGGAAAAGCAGCUGAUGUCUUCAUCAAAUGGCCCAGCAACCUCAGUAAUGACAUUGUGUGGGGAAAGGUCUGGCCUGAUUUCCCUAAUGUCACCGUGAAUGACAGCCUUGACUGGGAUACCCAAGUAGAGCUGUUCAGGUCAUAUGCUGCAUUCCCAGACUUCUUCCGCACUCAGACUGCAACAUGGUGGCUCCAAGAAAUUAAGGAUUUUUACACAAAGACAACAAAGUUUGAUGGCAUUUGGAUUGACAUGAAUGAACCAGCCAGUUUUGUCCAUGGCACAGUUGGAGGGAAGUGUCUUGGGGAUCCCCUCCUUGAGAACCCACCUUAUAUGCCACCUCUGGAAUCCAAACAUCUUGGAUUAAACCAUAAAACUCUUUGCAUGAACAGUGAACAGAUACUUAGCAACGGGAAGAAAGUCAGGCAUUAUGAUGUCCACAACCUUUAUGGGUGGUCCCAUGCCAAACCAACACAUGAUGCCCUGCUAGAUGUGACAGGUAAAAGAGGAAUAGUGGUGACCCGGUCAACUUUCCCUUCCAGUGGAAAAUACGCUGGACAUUGGCUUGGCGACAACUUUUCUAGCUGGGAACAGCUGUCCAAAUCUAUUAUAGGCAUGAUGGAGUUUAGCCUGUUUGGUAUUUCUUACACUGGGGCUGACAUAUGUGGGUUCUUUAACGAAGCGGAAUAUGAGAUGUGUCUUCGCUGGAUGCAGCUGGGUGCCUUCUAUCCAUACUCACGCAACCACAAUGGCAAGGGUAGCCCGAGACAAGAUCCUGUUGCUUGGGAUGAUGCAUUUGCUUCAGCGUCUCGAGAUGUCCUGAACAUCCGAUACACUCUCCUGCCUUACCUGUACACACUAAUGUUUGAGGCUCACACUAAAGGAAGCACAGUCAUCAGACCACUGUUACAUGAGUUUGUGAAUGACAAAACUACAUGGGACAUCUACAAACAGUUCCUAUGGGGACCUGCUCUACUUAUCACCCCUGCCCUAGACAAAGGAGUGACUGAGGUGGAAGGUUAUGUUCCUAAUGCACGCUGGUAUGACUACCACACAGCCAAGGAUGUUGGAGUUCGUGGCAAAAUGAUGAAGAUGCAGACACCGCUGAACCACAUUAACCUUCAUGUUAGAGGAGGAUAUAUUUUACCUUGGCAGAAACCAGAGAACACCACGUAUUACAGUCGAAAGAAUCCUUUAGGACUCCUUGUUGCCCUGAGUGACACUGGGACCGCUCAAGGUUCAUUUUUCUGGGACGAUGGAGAAGGAAUAGACACGGUGGGGAGAAACCAGCAUCUCCGUGUUUCCUUUCAAGUAGAAUCAAACACCUUGACCAGUACAGUUGAUCACAAUGGUCUGGCACCAGCUGAUCAGUUGAAUUUGGGAGUGAUGAAGGUCUGGGGUGCAGGCAAAGUCAGGAUCACAGAGGUCAAGUUAACAGACUCGAGUGGAACGCAUCAUCUUCUCCUGCCGCAGCACAACAUCGACACUGAGGAGCUGAUUGUCGAUGCUUCAUCCAAGUCUAUUCCUGUGAAUUGUCCUUUUACCAUUCGAUGGAAGACCAGCGCAUGAAAGCUGCACUCCUUUUUUUUCCAGGCCUCCCUUUUUUCCCCAUGAAUGAUGCAAACUGUAUUUAUGAACAUAAAGGUCUAAUGUCAAACCCUAAUGAGCAACAUCAGUGGUGAUAUUAAUGUGUCUUAAAGUCAGACUUUAGGAAAUAUAAAAACUUGUAAUUCAAAAAUGAAUAAAUGUGUGUGACCCUGUACAAA